AUGAAUUCAGCACAACCCACAGGAGAGACGCGCCUAAACAGGACUUGUGAGGCCUGUCGAAAGAGAAAGAUCAGGUGCACCUCCGCUUCAGCAGACAGGUGCACCAGGUGUAGCAAACUCGAUAUUGAGUGCACGUUCAAGGCUCCGGCGAUCAAGAAGAGGCGGAAGCGAAAUGAGGCCAGGCUCCGUGAGCUGGAGCAAAUGCUCAAGGAGGUCCAACAGUCGGUUUCCAAAGAACAUCCAUUCAAUUGGUGGACAACGUCAAUGCCAGAUGUUUUGGCGACUCCAGCGAGUACUAGCAGCUUGCGCCAGCAAUCUGAGUACAUGUCAGAUAAAUCUCCGAGUACCUUUUCCUUGGAACAAUCCCCCAACAACAUUCCAGACAAAAGAGACCCUGUUGAGCGAGGUCUCGUCAAUGAACGCUUAGCAGAAGAACUAUGUAGCAAGUUCUGCGCUAAGAUUCUCCCUCACUAUCCUAUUGUCCUUCCGCCAUCUAAUUCGUCUUGGAGAACUUUACAGCAAGAUCGACCGGCUCUGUUCCGGGCCGUGUUGGCGACAGCAUCAAGCAGUAUCAGACCAGACCUCUGGACUCCACUAUUUCGAGAUGCAGAGCGGCAUGUCCUCGAACAUGCCAUGAUUUUGGGUCGAAAGUCUCUUGACCUUAUCCAGGCUGCCUUGGUUCUUGCAACUUGGAGUCAUCCGCCAAACAGCUUCGAAGACUUGAACUUUAGCCAAUUUGCGAAUGUGGCGGCUACCAUGGUGAUGGACCUGCAGUCCUCUAAUGACCGACAGCACGUGAUCCCGUCUGAAACUGCAGUGUUGCAUACCGAAGCGCAAGUAGAGAGAGCCAGGGCAUUUUCAGCUUGCUAUUUAAUCUGCUCAAGUAUUGCAAUGUCAUUUCGCCGCCCAAGUGCGCUGAGUUAUGGUCCCUGGGUAGAUGACUGCAUAAACGUCCUGGACUCACCGUAUACUACGCAUGUGAACGAUCGACGUCUAGCGGCCUGGAUUCGACUGCAGUGCCUUGCAGACGAGACAUUCGCCAUGGCUGAGCCAGACAGUCUGCCAACAAUGAACCGUACAGAUCCACGUACUGGUCUCAUUCUUCAAGCCGGUCUUGAACGUAUCAAGAAUUGGCGAAAGAACUUACUAGAUGAGGUUGCUAUGCCAACCCUACAUAUACACUAUCUUGUAAUUCUACUCAACAUCAGCGAGCGGGGUCUAUACGAGAAGCAUGAUGUACAAGACUUUCGCCCUCCCUAUGCCGUACACAUUCUUCCAUCAAAGAAUUUUCUCAUCCUAGACACACCACUGUUUACUGACGCGCGGUCAAAAUGCUCAGCUGUGGCUCGACGUUUGCUCAAGCUGUUUCUAGAGCUCUCACCCCAGACAUAUCAGCAAGUUCCCGUAAUUGUUUACACUAGACUGAUGUACGCAGUCAUUGUAAUCAUCAAGCUCGAGGGCUUCAAGUCAAACACUGGUCUGUCGGGAGGUGAUUUGAUGGCUGCAAUUAACAUCAUCCAGCUCAUACUGAACAAGCUUGAGGUUGCAUCUGAAGGAAAGCGUUUUCGUAACCCGGCACUGUUUCACGCUAUCUUGAAGAGACUUCUCAAUCUAUGUAGCGAGAAUCAGUCCGUCCAAGAAAUGGAUGCGAAUGAAAUAAUUGAGCCUCUCAGGAAUCUGCAGAUCGGGCCUUCGGAGAGAGGAAGCUCAUAUGUGAGCCCCAAAGACUCGAUGGAGGCUGACGCCAUGGAACACGUUUCUGGGAUCGAUCUUUUAUCUCAGCCUGGUUUUGAAGCCUGCAUGGACUCCUUCGCUCAAUACUAUGACCAUUCCCUAGGCUCUGGAAAUGAUUCCGCAGCAGCACUAUUCUGGAACAGCUUUGUAGGCGAAGGAGAUCUGCCGAUGAAUAUAGACCAGGAGUUUGAAGAACAGAAUCUAGAUUUACAAUAUAUAUAA